UAGAGGUGACACAAGCAAAUUUUAAUGUGCUAUCUCAAAUGCUGCCAGCUGAUUUAACAGCACCGUUAACAUUAAGCUAUCGAGUGGAGCUUUUAAAGCUUGCACUAGAAUUGCCAACUGGGAAAGUUCGCUGUGCUGUUAAAUAAUUUUUCUCACUCGCUUUUAUUUCAUCUCUGCCUAAGUUCUCUUUGGCGCACGGAGCGUAUCGACUGGAUGAUGGGACAAGAGGUGCGCGGUUCUGUGGUAGGCUUUCUUGGCUUUGGUGGUAUUGGUCAGGCUAUAGCGAAGCGCUUGCAAGGUUGGGAGGCAGCGAAAAUCAUAUACCAUACACGCACGCCGCGCGAAAAUCCAUUUGGCGCAAUUCACGUUCCCUUCGAACAACUGCUGCGGGAAAGCGAUUUCUUGGUGGUCGCUUGUCCGUUAACGGCCGAGACGCGCGGCAAAUUUAAUGCGGGUGCAUUCAAACAAAUGAAGACGAACUGUGUGUUUGUAAAUGUGGGCAGGGGAGGUAUUGUGGAUCAACCUGCGCUCGUCAAUGCUUUGAAAACUGGUGAAAUUGCCGCUGCGGGCUUGGAUGUAAUGACACCGGAACCACUUCCAGCAGACGAUCCGCUUCUGAAAUUGCCAAAUUGUGUUGUAAUACCCCAUUUGGGCACGCAGACGAUGCAAACGACAAUUGAAAUGGGCUUAACAGCUGCUAAUAAUAUACUCAACGCACUGGAUGGUAAACCGAUGAUUUGUCCAGCUUAUUAAGUGCCAUUUGAUGUUAACAAAAAUAUUUUGCAUUUGUUGUUAUUAUAGAAAAUACGAAGUAAUAUAUGACAUUAAAAAACUUUGUUACUUUA